AGGAAAAUCAGGGCUCUGCAGGCACGGCAGCAGCACCGUGAGCCGGAGGAGAUGCGGCGGGAGCCGGGCCGCGAGUGACGGCAGCCGGGGCCGGUGCAGGGUGACCCUCUGGGGACACGCCAUGUCCCUGGGCGGCGACAGCGGCCCCGGCAUCGUGCACAGCCUGCUGUGCCACCGGCAGGGAGGGGACAGCGAGGCCUUCGCCCGCCGCGCCAUCCAGAGCCUGCUGAGGAAGCUCAAGGAGAAGAGGGACGAGCUGGACGCGCUGGUGGCCGCUGUCACCUCCGGAGGGGCCCAGCCCGGCCAGUGUGUCACCGUGCAGAGAACGCUGGACGGGCGCCUCCAGGUGGCCGGCAGGAAGGGUUUCCCUCACGUCAUCUACGCGCGGCUCUGGCGCUGGCCCGACCUGCACAAGAACGAGCUCAAGCCCGCCCGCUUCUGCCGGUUCGCCUUCGACCUCAAGUGCGACAGCGUCUGCGUCAACCCCUACCACUACGAGCGCGUGGGGACCCCCGGCGGCGGUCUGAGCAUCCCGAGCACAGUGUCCCCCCCGUGCCCGGUGAAGGAGGAGCGUGCCCAUGAGUGUGUGGUGCAGAUGGAGACCCCCGGGUGCCCCCAGCGAGCGCUGCCCCCUGAGCCCCCCCGAGUGCCCCCCCGGAGCUGCCCGGAGCUGCCCCAAGCGACCCCCCAGGACCCCCAGGCCCACCCCGAGGGCCCCCCAGCACAGAACGGGUACCCCAAACCCCCCCAGCACGGUUCACCGCUGAGCUGGAGCCCCGCCACCAUCUACACCCCGACUUUGGGGGGGUCCCAGCCCCCUCCCCACCACCCUCCCGGCAGCCAGAGCCACCCCCAGCACUGCUGGCCCCCCAUGCUGCAGCCCCCCGUGUCCACGCACCCCGGCCCGGAGUUCUGGUGCUCCAUCGCCUACUUCGAGCAGGACGUGCAGGUGGGGGAGAUCUUCAAGGUGCCCUCGAGCUGCCCCUCGGUGGUCGUGGAUGGAUACGUGGAUCCCUCGGGGGGUGCCCGCUUCUGCCUGGGGCAGCUCUCCAACGUGCAGCGCUGCGCCGCCAGCGAGAGGGCACGGCUGCACAUCGGCAGGGGCGUGCAGCUGGAGCGCCGCGGAGAGGGCGAUGUGUGGAUGCGCUGCCGCAGCGAGCACGCCGUGUUCGUGCAGAGCUUCUACCUGGACAGGGAGGCGGGCAGGGCCCCCGGCGACGCCGUGCACAAGGUGUACCCCGGAGCGCACGUCAAGGUGUUUGACCUGCGGCAGUGCCACCGGCAGAUGCAGCAGCAGGCGGCCACGGCCCAGGCUGCGGCCACUGCCCAGGCGGCCGCGGUGGCCGGGACCAUCCCCGGGGCCGGGGCCGUGGGGGGCAUCGCCCCGGCCAUCGGGCUGUCGGUGGCCGCGGGGCUCGGCGUGGACGACCUGCGGCGCCUCUGCCUCGUUAGGCUGAGCUUCGUUAAGGGCUGGGGGCCCGACUACCCCCGCGCCAGCAUCACCUGCACGCCCUGCUGGAUCGAGGUGCACCUGCACCGCGCCCUGCAGCUGCUGGACCACGUCCUGCACGCCCUGCCCGACGCACACGCCUGAACCCUGCGAGGAAUGCCAA